AUAAGUUGCGGGAUUGGCAAGGGCAAUGCUAAAACAUGCUUUGAAGGUAGAAGGGUUAAAUGAUGCCGUUGACAUUGUUGGAACGGGUGGUGAUGGAGCAAACAGCGUGAAUAUUUCAACAGGUGCCUCAAUAUUGGCUGCUGCUUGUGGUGCAAAAGUUGCCAAGCAAGGAAACCGAUCAAGUUCUUCUGCCUGCGGCAGUGCUGAUGUAUUAGAAGCUUUGGGGAUAGUUAUUGAUUUGAACGCUGAGGGAAUAGUGAGCUGUGUGAAUAAAGCACGCAUUGGUUUCAUGAUGUCACCGAAGUACCACCCAGCAAUGAAGAUUGUGAGCCCUGUAAGAAAGAAGUUAAGACCGUUUUCAGUAUACUUUUGCCGUUUUUCAAAUCCGGUUUGUGCUGAAAAUUUUGUUUCAAAAAGGGCUGUGGAUCGUGUUCGUAUCCCUUGGUGUGCUCUCCCGGUAGAUCAUCUUAAGUUUAAUGUGGAUGGUGCAGUGAAAUUAGAUGGUUGUUCGGGAGGCAUUGGGGAUAUUCUUAGAGAUGAGAAGGGUUGUUGCUUAUACUCUUUCUCGAGUCAAAUAGGGGCAGCUGAUUCGUUGGCAAAGGGUGCUAUUAGCUUGUCUUUUCUUCGUUUUGGUGUCGGUAUUGGGGUCUUGGAGGAUGUAGUCGGUCCUAGAAUUAGAUUUAUUGUCUCUUAUUGGUUUUUGUAUAGCUUUCUGCUUUCAUGUGAUUCUCUAGGGAUUUCGUUGCAUUUGGGGUAUAUUGGUAGUCUUUACAACUUGGUGAUUUUGUGGAAGUCCUUUUUGCCUCUUUCCUAUGUCCGACAUUGA